ACAGCUGUACGGAUAUUUUACCCAUGACCAUAAAAUUUUGUUUUGUUUACUUUUACAAGGUUGAUACAUACUCGAAGUGAUACAUAAUUAAAUUCUUAUUUAGAUUGAAUAAAAAAUGCAUGCGAGAAAAGUAUUAUCUAAUUAAGUAAUCUGAAAUGCACAUAAUUAAUUCCUCAAUCUGUUUUGGUCUUUGCAGUUUUAAAAGAAUGAAGUUAUUUAAUUUCUUGCACUUCGAAUUUGAAAGUUAAAUGUGUUGCUUGUUUAAAUUAUAUUGAACCUAAUUUUUAUGUAAAGAAGUAUGAACCCUUUUGGUACUGAAAAUUUAUUUAUCGAUGGAGUUGCUCUAAAUUUACCAAUUGUAACAGGGGGUGGAUCCCCACUUUCUUCUUCUUUGACAUUUCAAAAGCCAGGGUGGUUACCCGAUGCUGAUGUCAAUACCUGUCCUAUCUGUGAUUCUAAAUUCACAGCUUUUAGAAGAAAGCAUCAUUGUAGGAAUUGUGGUAGAAUAUUUUGCUCUAACUGUUGCUCCCAAAAGGUUCCACUCCCUCAUUUUGGAAUGCCAGAUGCAGAAAAAGUUUGCAAUGAUUGUAAAAAUUUAGUAGAAUUAUUAUACAAGUUAAAGUCUGAUGAUUUGAUGUUGAGGCAAGAGGGUGUAUUUGGUCUGUGUGAAAUAAUAGCCAAUGCUUCUGGCCUUUGUCAAGUAAUUGGAAGUGGUGGUUUGCAUUUGAUGUUCUCUUUAGCUCUUAAUGGAGACCUCAAAAUAAAGAAAGCUGUUGCUUCAGUCUUAAAUACCAUUACCCAAAGAGUAGUUCUGAACAAUUUUUUACUUGAAUCUGGUUGUCUGAAAUUAAUAAAGAAUUUUCUGGUUUCAUCCUAUGACUCCAGUGAAAUUCUUAGUGAUAGCUUGAGCGUUCUAAAUUUAUUUUGCAUGGAUUCUAAUUUAAGAUUGGAAGUUUUAAAGGAAGGCAUUGUAGAUCCUUUGCUUUCUUUGGUUUGCACUUCUGGUACAACAGCCGUAUUUGCUUCCAGAGUCCUGCAACUUCUUGUCAGUCAUUUUGAUUAUCAUGAAUAUCUACUGCAAAAUCAUUCGAACAUUAUUAAAUACCUUUUUGAUGCUCUUCUGAUUGAAGAUUAUCAGAUGCAAAACUGUAUUUCUAAAAUUCUAGUUUAUUUAUCUGCUGGGUCACAAGCCUUUCGAGACUUAAUCAUACAGGAAGAAAUGCAGAAAACAAAACCCCUUCUUUUUCUGAUGAAAGGAACUUGUGAAAGUGUGCUGGUCAAUGCAGUCUGUAUUGUAUCAAAUGUUUCUAUUUCCAUUAAUCAAGACAUUGCUCACGAAUAUGUAACUGCUAUGUGUGAACUGCUGUCACUGGUGAAUGAUUAUGAUGCUGAGCUACUUGGACAGAUAGGAAGAGGAUUAGCUAAUUUUUCAGAAUGUCCAUCCAAUUUUCUGUGUGUGAUUCAUCAUCUUCCAGUUAUCAUUUCCAAACUCUUGAAAUCCAAUUUUGAGAUCCCUAAGAUGCACUGUUGUCGUUUAAUAAAUUAUCUCCUUGUAUCAGAAACAGCUGUUGUAUUGAAUGUGCUUUCUCAGUCAGGAAUGGAAGAAUUUUUAGAAAUUCUGUUUGAUUUGCCAGACAUAAAGGAUAUUUUGAACAAUUUAUUUCUUAGAAAAGUGUCUCGUCUUUCUGUUUCUCAAUAACUAACAAUGAAUAUAUGAGCUUUAUGUAUUCUUUAUUCUUUACAAAUUAUGCAUAUAUGAACUUUAUGUAUUUAUUAUUCUUUACAAAUAUUAUGGUUCAAGUACAAGCAAAUUGCCAAAAUUCCAUAUAUUUAGUUUAGAAAUUCAAACAUUAUGUGCACAAAUGUGAUAGUUACUUUAAGUUUUCUAAAAAGAAAAAAAAAAUUUAAACGAAUUGAUCAAAACUCUUAGUAAGAAAGAAAAUGACAGAGCUUUUUCUAUAUGAAUAGUAUCUAAUAUUUUCCAAUUCAUAUAUAUAUUUAUAUUUCUUUAUAUUUUGUAUAAAUCUUUUCAAAUGUUAUAUGUAUAUAUAAAAAUAUUUUAACAAUUAGAUUUAAAUUUUUAUAUUCAUGAUUUAUUUUGAAUACUGAUUUUGUUAUAAAAUUUGUUUACAAGUAACGCACAUAUUUUAUACAGGCUUGAUUGUGUUCCGGUUGUACCCCAGAAUUUUUGGUUUUUUGUAUCGUCCUUCUAAGUCUAGAAGCAGGGCUUAUGAUUUUUUCCUUGGAAUUCCUCAUAUCUCAAGUCCAUUGAUUCAUGAAAGUCCGCAAAUCAAAAUCUGUCGAAAUCACCUGGCGUAUAAUCCGUCGAAAUUUUUACCGUAAUUUAACAUUUAAAGUAAGAGGUAAGCAUUGAGAGUUCUGCGUUGAGAAAUUUAAAUUUUAAAACUUUCACUAAUACACGUUCACGAGACGUUUUCAUACACAUAAUUCUCCUGCCAAUUAGUUUUUUUGUCGAAUUUUUACCGUUUUAAAUAACUGAUACCAUGCUGGAAUCCACUAAUAUCGCAAUUCAUAUGCGUGUGAUUUUAAGAUCAAACAUUGAUUUUCGUAUUUAUUUGAUUUAAAAGCUGCAUGUUAUGACUCUUAUUCACACAAUUUAAAAACUGUACAUUGAGAUUCGUAUUCACGUGAUUUAAAAAUCCAAUAUCGCUAUUUCUAUUCACGUGAUCAUGCAUCGCAAUUCGUAUUUACGAGAUUUAAAAGUUCAAUAUCUUCUGAGAACUAACUUUUUUCUUAAAUUAGUUACCAUAAAGAUGUGAUAUUCUUCCUUUGUAGGUAAUUUAAUUAUAAAUUUUAAUUCCAAAAAUCAUAUUGCAUAUGAAUAGUAUAUAAAAUAUCUUAUUGAGUUUUCGUACAUAAAAUUUUCUCUUUGUGUCACAACCACCCUUGUUUAUAGUAAUUUUAAUUAUAUUUAAAGGAAAAAAAUUUUAUUUUGUUAUUCAAUUCUUUAUAGCAGUGUUUGGCAUAGAAUUUUAUGUGAAAUUUGUUUAAGAAUAGUAGAAAUUUUUAAUAUAUGCAUUAUCCACAGUGAUCUUAGUGUAUUUUUUAUUUUAUUUAUUCAAAGAAAAAAACGCCCUAAUAACUUUUGAUCUAACAGUUGUAUUUUCAUGUACUGACAUGCAAUCCUUGUGUUUUGAGAGGCUGCACUAUUUAAUUAAUUGGGGUUUAUGUUAUGAAAUCAGAUAUAAAAGCUUACUUUCUCUUUAUAAACUCUUUUUUUUUAAGAUACCUUAUUUUUAAAACAGGGGGUGUAGCUGAAGUCAUUUAUAUCUUACUUGAAUUGUUUCAUUUGGAAAUUAUAAGAAAUUUGUAACCCUCGAUAUUAAAUUUGUGUCAUUUUGCAAUAUUUCUGGAUGAGUUUUCACAAAUCAAAAUAUUUUUACUCAUAGUUGUAAACAUCACUUUUCUAAAGAUACUAUUAUAAUAUAUGUUGAUUAUCAUAAUAAGAUUUUUAAUUUAAUAUUGACUUUUAUAAUAAUUAAUAAUAGUUAUUUUAAAUCCCGAAAGAGAUAAAUUGAUCCUUUAAACAUUUGAUGACCAUGUAAAUGAAUAUUAAUUAUUUGACUUAAUGAUGAUCAAAAAUAUUUUGAACUGUAAAGCAAGGCAUUGCAAUUUGUUCAUAAUUUUAAGUGGGAAAAUUUAAACUGAAUCUGUUGUAUACAUUUAGAAAAAUAAUGCUUUAAAAAAGCUAGAUUUUUUCAAAAUUUCCAAUUCUCAAGAAUUAGUUCAAUUUUGUGGACUAUUUAAGGUUAAACUUUUUUUAUUUCCUGACUAAACUAUUGCUACAUUUUUGUUGUAGUUCAACUUAGUUGCCCAUAUUUUAAAAGCUAAUAGUAUUUUGGUAUUCACUUGUUGUGUGAGCUAUGUGUUGCAUUUUAAAUGAUAAACACACUCAUUACUUGAAAUUCUGAUGAUAAUGUUUUCUCCAAUCAAAAACUUGUGAGCCUUAAUUAUUAAAAACGCUCUUUUAAUGUAUGAAAAUAUAAAAUCUGUGAGAUUAUUUUAUUUAUUUUUUAAAAAAAGCUUAAUGAUAAAUGAAGCACUGAAAUAAGUAUUUAUGUUAAAAACUCAAAAAUUGGUUGUAGUCCUUGAGCAGAUUGAAAUAUUUGCGAAGAGUAUGGAAUAAAUAAAUAUAAUAAAUUAUUUAAAAAUUAAUUGGAAUUUUAUAUUUUUGUUUUAAA